UGGUCCUGACCGCAUACAGCCAUGUCCCAGCUGCAGGAGCUAGACCUGCGGCUGCCUGACCCAAACUGGUGGAUAUUGUGGGACGCUAUCGCCUAUCUCACUUGUUAUUUAGCAACAGAGCUUAACAAUUGGUCAAUCAUACAUCCAUAUUUCGCAACUGGAGCUCUACUAUGCAUCUCUGGAAAUCCUGAACUCCUUCUAACACCAUUGCGGAUUGCGCGUUAUAUAUUCAUCCUGUAUAUGCUCGGUUUUAGAAAACAGGGUGUGGCAAAAGAUUCAUACGCAUCCCGAUACCAAUCCCGUCAUUAUGGUGGCUAUGUACCACCACAGUCUACGUUUUCAACAUUCCAGGCGCGUGGGGCUACUGACGAUUACGAGGACGGAGAUAAACGAGAAUCAACGUUUGCGGUUCCUGUGUCUUUGAUGGCGAAUGUUGGAACUUUGUUUGUCUUGGGCAGGGCGUGGGGAUGGUGGUAUUGAUGUGGUUGGCAGUAGUGUAGAUGUUCGAUGGAGGGAGUUGAGUCAGUGCCAGCAACAUGGAAUACACUUGCGAUGCUUCAGUAGAACGAUGUGUUCCCGUCAAUUCGCUGUCAGCUUGUGCAGCCCCCGUCGUACUGCCUGGUAUUGGUCGAAAAUGAUACUAUGAUGUUUGUGAG